AUGCAUUACCUUUCAGCUGAAUAUUUCGGCGCCUUAAUAUUAUUAUACGGCCCUCUCUUUCUCGUCAAGCCGUGCCUUGCUCUUGAUCCGCCCUCGGACUCCGCCCUCUUGAUCUCCAGCAACGACACGAAUGUAAUUUACCACGACAUCGCAGAACAAUUCACAUUCCCCCAUGGAUCAUACAGUGGGCUUGAGGUUCAGGAUACCGUGAGCGAAAAUGGAGAAACUCGAGGUCUCGACCUUAUUCGCCGGGUUCCGCCUGGCGUAUCAUCUCUAGGGAACAAUCAGUUCAAGACCAGCGAUAUCAAGCUCGGAGAGACUCAAUGGUGGUAUUUUCCCAAGGAAUCCGUGAAUGGCAAGAAAUCUAACGUCACAUCCGGGCUCCCUGAGAGGAUUUCUGUUGACGGGACAAGCCAGCAAACUGUCAGUUCGGACGAACUUCGGAAGCGCGACGGAGACAUCGUGAAGCGCUCGACCUCCGUAUAUCUCUCUUUGACGAUGUGCUCGAAGCCCGAGAUCAACAAUACCAAUGGCACUAUUCCUGACUCUGUCCCUUCAUUACCGGAAUUGAAUUUGUACGUUUCUACCUCGGAGUCACUCCAAAAACCGGGCCCGGGACAAGAUAGCUCAAAGCAGGAAGUGUUCACGGCCAAUGAGGGCUAUGUGGGAGCUUCUGUGCAGGCAGAUGGGGAUAUUUUCAUAGGCGUCGCAGUGCAGAAUUCGACGGCGUACUCGGGGGGCUACACAUAUGAGAUUGCUGCCUCAAUCGACGCUUACUUUCACAGCGUUGUGGACGAGCCAUUUCUACAUUUUGUUGACGCGGACAUCCAUGCUGCACUCUUGACAACAGACAAUUUGACCCUUUCAGAAGAGGGGAGCGAGAAUUAUCAACAGUGGAUGAAUCUAACACCGCCGUUCACGAUGUUUGCUCAUAAUGUGAAUGAUACGGCAAUCUCAGGUCUUCAACGGUCAUACUGUGCUCUUGAGCAAUUAGCCCAGAUUAGAGAAGGUGACCACGGGGUCGAAGGUGGGAUGACGAACCGUGGUCUGGGCAAGAAACCUAAGGAGCAGUUCUACAUCACCGGCCUCAACCGGACUUCCAAUUAUUCUGGAAUUCUCGCAAUGGAUGGAAACUCCACCAACUCAGGGAACGGGAUCGUUGGUGGGGGAGGGAGGGUCUGGAAACCCAUGUACUUUGCAACCAAGUCAGAUGACAACUGUGCCGUCCUUUUUAACCUGACAUUCUGCUCAGAAGUUGCGUAUGCAGUCCCAUCAAACCCUGAUCUUGGGAUCGCACAACUUGGUGCGAAAUACGACAAAUAUGCCGAGUCUCUGUACAAAAACUUUUCCUAUUCCCUGGAUCAGAUCCAAUGCAACGCAACCAACGAAACCAGCUUCUCUUUGGCUGUGAGUUGCAACGACUGUGCGGAUGCUUACAAGCAAUGGCUUUGUGCGGUGACCAUCCCCCGUUGCGCCGACUUCUCGAGCAACGGUGUGUUUCUCCAGGUCCGAAAUGCGGGCCAACAAUUCAUCAACGGCAGCUCUCUCAGCCCCACCGACCCCAGGCGCAGGGAUCCUGCGCAGAACAAGUCGCGCAAUUCCAUGAUAGACGAUCAGAUCCGCCCGGGCCCUUACAAGGAGAUCUUGCCGUGCCAGGACAUCUGCUACAGCUUGGUGAAGCGCUGCCCCGCCGCCCUUGGAUUCAGUUGUCCCCAGGGUACGCGGCUCAAUUCUGCCUACGGCCAGCGCGGUUCGAGCAGCGAGAUCACCUGCAGCUAUCCGGGGGCAGCGUAUGACUUGAAUGCCGGACGGUCCCUCCGCGAGCCUCUGGGUUGGCUUUUACUUGCAACGGGGAGCUUCUGGUUUUCUUUCUGGGCUCUCAGAGUGGACGUUUAG